CUUCCUGGUUGAGAAUUUUAAAAGUAUGUGUACCAUACUCUUCUGUUCCGUUUACUGAUGACCAUGGGUUGUGGUGCAGACAAGAGGGGAUCCCUGUGCCGUGUGUUGUAUUUGUUUUUUGUGGCAGGAUUUGCGACUGCUGAUGCGCAGGAAGGUACAACAUGCCAAUGUUCGUCGUAUAGAGGGUGCAACUUUAAUGGUGUUUGUCGACCAUCAGCCACAAACUGCUUAGAAAGAAAUGUUGCUCUUGGUAAGACUGCGAGUGUAAGUUCUGUGUAUAGGAGCCCCGAUGAAGAUUCAGGUCCUGCAUGUCUGGCCGUAAAUGGAAAUAGGGAAACUAUUUUUAGAGACCUAAUACAGCAAUCUGAUCCUCCUAAUUGUGUACACACCGCUCUUGGACGACCCAGUCAGUACUGGGAGGUCGACUUGGGCAGAGAAUUCCUUAUUUCCAGCAUCGCAAUCUACGGACGAGAAGAACGGGGUUUUAACACCUUACGAAAAUCGACUGUCACCGUCGACGGCGAGAAGUGUUACAAAUUUCCUUCAGAUAACAAACCACCUGUAACAACGGUUACACCGUGUGAAAGGCAGCUGCGAGGUCGGAGAGUGAGGCUGCAAAAGGACACCACACAGGACACAUUGGACUACUUUUGUCUUUGUGAAUUUGAAGUAUGGGUAAAUUGUUUGUUAAAUGGGUUCUAUGGCGCAAACUGUACUGAAUGUGGACAUUGUCAGGAGAACUCGGUGUGUGACUAUAAAACAGGAAAAUGUCCAGGCAAAUGUGACAGUGGCUGGCAAGGAGAAAGAUGUGACAGAGUGUGCGACUUAUUCAAGUACGGUCCCGACUGUGAAUACAAAUGUGGAAGCUGUAAGGACAAUGUAUCAUGUGACCGUUUUACCGGGGUGUGUUCCUCCGCCUGUCAGCCUGGGUAUCUCACACAGUACUGUAACCAGAGCUGCACUGCAGGUCGUUAUGGCGAUAAUUGUACUGACACGUGUGGCAAUUGUCUGAACAACAAGACAUGUGAUCCAGUUAAUGGAACAUGUCUGGCAGGAUGUCAACCUGGAUGGCAGAACGAAAAGUGUGACAUAAAAUGUUCCAGCAACACGUAUGGCGAGAGAUGUUCCAAGACCUGCGGACGAUGCAGCACCGACACAAAGUGUAAUGAAGUUACUGGGUCCUGUGACACUUGCCAAACUGGUUUCCUGCCUCCCCUUUGUAACAACUGUGAGGACGGAAAAUACGGUGAACUCUGUAACCACAACUGUACAAACUGUGAUGGCCAGGAGGUCUGUGACAAGGAGACAGGAAAGUGUCUGGAGGGUUGUGUUGCUGGAUGGACGAGUGACAACUGUAGCACACCGUGUCCACCUUCUACCUACGGCCACCAGUGUGCAGAACGUUGUGGCAACUGUCGCCUCAACACCACGUGUCGUCACACCGACGGUAGGUGCGAGGCAGGUUGUGCAGGUGACUAUAUGGACGACCUAUGUAAAACUGAAGAGCUCAAGAAAGAUGACGGAAAUAUCCCGCUAACUGCUACUGUCACUUCGAUCCUUGUUAUUAUUUUCAUCCUUGCUGUUAUCGCAGUUGUCAUAGUGAUUAUAAGAAAAAGGCGCCAACGAGAGUGCGGUCACCAAAGAAAGGAAGAUAAUCGUGAAGAAAGUCAAUAUUACAGCAACAUUGAAAGGCUCUCCUUUGCAGCAGAUCCCCCUUCAUCUGAAAUCUCAGCGGAUAGAAGAAGAGAACCCAAGAAUGUAAAACCAUUGACUGCAGGGAAGCCCAUACAAGAAAGUUACUUUUCUGUACAAGGACCAACUGAUAACAUCUACGCUAAUACGCAAACGACAGCUUCUACAUUAGACGACACAGUAGCCAACACUGACACACUGCAACAGCUGGAGGAGCUGGAGGACGAGUGUGACCACAUGUACAGAAAUGACGAGAGUGUGUACGCCACCUUCAAGGCUUCCAGACCUCACCUGGACAACGUGCAGCGCUCUCUGGUGGACUUACUUUCGUCUGGUCAACUUCAAAUCCAGUUUGAACGACUUCCAAAAGGACUGACUGAUAAUCACGAGGCUGCCAAACUUCCAGUCAACGUCAAGAAAAACAGAUACUACUCUGUACUGCCGUAUGACAAAAGUCGCGUAGUUCUGACAGAUGGGUAUGCUGAAGAAAAAGCCACUGACUACAUCAAUGCAAAUUAUAUCUCAGGUUUCGGACACAAAAAGACUUACAUUGCUACGCAAGGUCCUCGUGACAACACUGUUAUCGACUUCUGGCGGAUGGUAUGGCAGGAAAAUGUCAAACAGAUUGUAAUGCUCACCGGCUUAAUAGAAGCUGGAAAGAACAAGUGUUUUGAGUACUGGCCAUCCCUUGAAAGGUCGGAAAGGUAUGGUCCAGUGACUGUCACUGGUCUGGACGUGCAGCGAAGAGCAAACUUUCUGAUCCGUAAAUUUGCCAUCAAAAAGGCGGGCAGCCAAGAGGAGCGUGAGGUGGAGCAGUUCCACUACGUGGCCUGGCCUGACCACAGUGUGCCCUCAGUUACCUCCCUCCUCACAUUCUGGCGCUUCGUCAAAGCACGUGGACCUUCACGACCACCACCACCUGUCCUUGUGCAUUGCACAGCUGGUGUUGGGCGAACUGGAACUUACAUCAGCCUUGACAUUGCUUACGACCAUGCUGUCGCCAAAAAAGAAGUCAACGUUCUCAAGAUUGUCAGGCGCAUGCGUCAAGAACGCUGCAUCAUGGUCCAGACUGUAGAGCAGUAUAUUUUCCUUCAUGAAAUUGUGCUGGAAGCUUACACAGCAAGAGACACACUCAUCGUCGCUGACGACUUUAGCAAGAUCUUCGAUAAACCAAUUAACGUUUCAAAAGAAAACAAGCGAAUUGAUCAAGAGUUCCAGUCUGUCCUGCACAUGUUGUCUGUGACAAAGCAAUUAACAACAGAGACAGCAGCUCAGGAAGUUAAUAAAGCCCUAAUUAGAAAUAAGGAGGCUCUUCCAGCUGACGAUCACCUGGUUCACCUCACCGCUCACGUGGCCAAAAGCAAUCAGUUCAUUAAUGCUGUCUACAUGUCUACAUUCCUGGAAUACCAAGGACUCAUCUUGACACAGCUUCCUUUUCAAGACACUGUGGUAGACUUCUGGCGACUGGUGGAUGGAUGCGAUGUAAAAGCAAUUGUCUCUCUUGGGUCAGACAAUGAUCAGCUUCACGUCAGAGACGCCUGUCAGUACUGGCCGAAAGAUGCUGGUACUUCUCUGACGACUGGUCCCUACACACUGAAACACAAGGCUACGGUGUCCUUGAGUAACAGUCUCACUACCUACGUCAUUAUUGUGGAGAAAAAGGAGGGAGCAUCAUCUCCACGUGAAGUGCAUCUGCUUCACUACAGAGACUGGGAUGGUGAGCUGCCAGGCGUUAUGUCGGAGUUCUUACAUUUUCUGGACACUCUUGAAACACUUCGUUUGAAGGAUCAGAAACCAACACCUCUUGUUGUCCAGUGUCUAGAUGGCGUGUUGAAAUGCGGAUUGUUCUGUGCGGUAUCCAGUAUUGUCAGUCGACUGACCUUUGACCGAGAGGUUGACGUGUACAUGGCUGUGAGAGAAGUGCAUAGCGUCAGACCUCAGGCCAUGAGGUCACUUAUUCAGUACCGUUACUGCUACCAGCUGGUCCAGCAGUGUGUUGCAGAACUGACCAUUUAUGCCAAUGCCUGAACCAAGCUCAUCUUCCAUCUCAAAAAAUAGUUCUAGUCAGAACACGUAACAGUUUAGGAGGACAUUAACACUUGCACUUAUUUAAAAUAAUCUGUCCUUUUCGCUUGCGAAUGAAUAUAUUUAUGUGAUAGUACUUAUGCUUGCUUAUUACACAUAUCUUUAUAAGUUAAUCUUAUCAUUGCUUUGAUGAGUUUAAUGAGAUAAACAAACCUGUUAUAUUUUAUACAUCAUCACAUGUUAUAAGUAUUUGUGUAUUAAGUCCAAGUUUCAUUGGCGUUUUGCAUUCUAGUCUUUUGCAUUAGGGAUGGUGUAAGGGUCUUGAAUCGUUACUAACAAUGAAAACAACUCAAGCCAGAAAAAUCAUUUUUUUAUUCAAGUAUAAAUUUAUUUUCUAGUCGAUUCCAUUCACUUGUAGCACUGUGCAUACUUCAGCAACUGAUUUUUACUUGCCCUAACUAUAAUUUAUCGAUGUUUACCUUUAAUAUCUUUGAAUGUGCUACUUUUUACUGUUUGUACCUCGUGGAUACAGUUUUCAAAUUGUAAUGAUGUAAAAAGGAAGUUUGUUGAAAAAGUAAACAACAAAAUAUUUAAGAGUGCCUACAUCUACUGCGAUCUGGUCAGUCCGCUCGCCGUGGGUGAUGUCAUGGCCCCGCUUCUCCCUAUAGAGCCCACGACAGACAAGACGAAAGACAUUAUACAGUAUAUCUUUGAAAAACCACUGGAUUCCUGUCUUAGUGCUGUAAUCCGAGAUUUGCUUUUUGCUGUUUAUGUAGGAGUCCAUUCAAGACAGCAGAUAAAAUUUUCGAUACAGCAAACAUAACCUUAGAAUUUUGCGUUCUAAAUAUCAUGUUGGUAUACUCGGUUGUGUAAAGCACUUUGAGCCUUUUUAAUGUUUGGGGUAAACCACUUUAUCAACAUACAUUAGUAAUAGUAGUUUAUUUAUCUUUUCAUAAAGUGCUUCGAUGUUGCGGUAAAGCGCUGUGUAAAUUUGUCAUCAUUAUGGUCAUCAUCGUAGUCGACAGCAUUCAGCAGCAUUAUUAGUAUUGCUGAUUCCUUGUUUUGCACAAGAAUUUGCGCAGGAGUUUUGGCCCAAGAUGUGAAUGUGUGUUUUUACAAUUACAUCACUUUCAAAUAAAGCUCCGGGGUUUCCCGUAAGGGAAUUUUUAGAAACUUUGGAACACGUCACAAACCUUGUAGUCUACUCAACAACACCCCACCUCUAUCCCCCUACCCCUGCUAACAUUUUUAAAAGCAGCACAGACGCGUGGACAGUUAUUUGCACGCUGAGAUCGGUUGUUACAAGACAAAACAAUCUUGUAGCUCUUCCACAACACUCUGUGUUCUUCCUGGAAAGCCAGCAACUCACUUUUCUGAAAGUUGGUUGAACCUUUCGAUCUCUUCUCGUACAGCGUUCACUCCAGUUGUACCCGUGUGAAAGUCGCUGUCAGAGAUUUUGGUUACGCAAUGGGGAACUCGACCUCAAGCAGCAACAGGGUCAGUGUCCAUAAUCUGACAAAGAAGAAAUUCUUCAUUCUGACCUUCAGCAACAAAAAUAACAAAUACAUUUACUACAGAGAACUGCGGAAAGUUCCAGCUUCCGGAGGCAUCACGGUUAGCGCCCAGUGGGACGAUGAAGCCGUCAAGAUCGGCGUCAUCCACGACAGAUACGGCGACUACAUCAUCUACGACCUCUUCCGUGUGCAGUUCGAUGGAAUUCUGUCAAUCAAGGAAGUAGAGGAUGAUAGCGGCGUCAAGGUGUCUCCUGAAGAGAGCAGAGGGGCACAGCUGUUGCAGCAGGGCAUGGCUGUAAGACUUGGCUAUGACAUGGCCCAGCUGGUAUUGAGGUCUUGUGAACACCUGGCACAAGAAGCCCGACAGGUAGUGUCAGCGGAAGUAGCAAAAACUGACUUGCGCGAGCAGUUCCUUAGAGAUGACUUGAGAAACUUAUCGUGUUGGCAUUACAAGAACAAAGAACAUGCAAUCAUAUAAUGCAUAUUCUUCUUCAUUGUGCUUUCCUCAUCUUCUCUUCGCCAUCGAUGAUGUAUCUCUAUUUUCCCAACUCUCUUUUUUCCGGUCUCUGAUCUCUCAACUAAGAUGAUCAGCUACGAACGAAAGACUUCCAUGAGGGCAUGACACUACGCUAAUACUAAUUUAAAACAUUGCAUAUUAUCGUCUUAGCAAUUAUCUUUUUAAAUAUUUUGAUGAUACUUUUGUAUAUCUCUCCUUUUGUGUGUGCUAGAGAGAGUGUGUGUGUUUGUUUUAACAUCUGUAAGACCACAGAUUUUUCUGCGUCUGUCUUAUAAGAAUAAAAAAAUUAUCAAAUAUAUUCAAUUCUAACUUCUUUGGUCGAACGAACUAAUCUAUGGUCUGAUGUCGAAGAAUAUGUACAAUAAACAGUAAAGGAUGCGA